UUAAUACGACGCAUUGGAUUUUAUUGAAGUACAACUGGCAGAACUACAUUACCCAGAAUUCCGAUGCAAUUUGUAGCGCAUCGCUUGAUUCUGUCGCGCGCCUCAGACUCGCGUCUGUGCCUCAAACUUCAACCGUGCACACUGUGAUCCACCGCGAGACAUUUGCAUUCUUUGGAUACAGUCUUGGAUACCCUUUUAUUACAAGAAAACGUAACCUUGCUUUUGGACCGCACAUCCCCAUCGGUCGAAACUUUUUGGUUUUUGAAAUAUUAUUCAGCUGGGUUUCUUGGUUUGGAUGCGUUGUCCCAUCUAGUUCAGUGGAUCACGAUCUUCUGUAUAAUCCUGGUGUCUUCACAUCCGCCGUUUCAUUAUGUUUUAAAGUCUAUCUGUGGGCUGCGUAGCAUCGUGUGAGAACCUGCCAACGCCUUUUCUCUCACUGGGUUAUUCUGCAAGCUGUAGAAAAUCUGCGGGCUCCCGCGGCCAGUUUUAAAGGUUUUAUUUUUCCUUUUCCACACGAUUGUAUAAAGGUUUUUAAAGAUGGGUUGCACGUUAAGUGCUGAAGAUAAAGCAGCGGUGGAGAGGAGUAAGAUGAUUGAUCGUAACCUACGAGAGGACGGAGAGAAAGCAUCCAGAGAAGUCAAACUACUGCUGCUCGGUGCUGGGGAGUCAGGAAAGAGUACAAUUGUUAAGCAAAUGAAGAUCAUACAUGAAGAUGGUUACUCAGAAGAGGAGUGCAAGCAGUAUAAGGUGGUGGUUUUCAGCAACACUAUCCAGUCCAUCAUUGCAAUCAUCAGAGCCAUGGGUCGCUUAAAGAUCGACUUUGGAAAUCCUGCAAGAGCGGAUGAUGCUCGGCAGCUGUUUGUGCUUGCUGGCACUGCAGAGGAAGGGGUCAUGAGCCCUGAUCUCUCUGGGGUCAUCCGCCGGCUAUGGAAGGAUGAAGGAGUCCAGACGUGUUUUGUCCGAUCACGAGAGUAUCAGCUCAAUGACUCGGCGUCCUACUAUCUGAAUGACCUAGAUAGGAUAUCACAACCCAACUACAUGCCCACUCAACAAGAUGUACUGAGAACUCGCGUCAAGACCACUGGCAUUGUAGAAACACACUUCACCUUCAAAGAGCUGUACUUCAAGAUGUUUGAUGUUGGUGGUCAGCGUUCAGAGAGGAAGAAAUGGAUUCAUUGUUUUGAAGGCGUCACCGCCAUCAUCUUCUGUGUGGCGCUCAGCGAUUAUGAUCUGGUCCUAGCUGAAGAUGAGGAGAUGAACCGCAUGCACGAAAGCAUGAAGCUCUUUGACAGCAUCUGCAACAACAAAUGGUUCACAGACACAUCCAUCAUCCUCUUCCUCAAUAAAAAGGAUCUGUUUGAGGAGAAGAUCAAGAGAAGUCCACUCACAAUAUGCUACCCAGAAUACUCUGGUUCAAGUACAUACGAAGAGGCUGCUGCCUACAUCCAGUGUCAGUUUGAGGAUCUAAACAGACGAAAGGACACAAAGGAGAUCUACACACACUUCACUUGUGCCACAGACACCAAGAACGUACAGUUUGUGUUUGAUGCGGUCACUGAUGUCAUCAUUAAGAACAACCUCAUAGAGUGUGGCCUCUACUAAAGCAUCAUUUGUCUGAGUCAUUUAUGGAUUUUAAUGCUCAGUUGGCUGGUUGUUCCUUGUUUUCAUCUUUUCCUCUGGAGGGGAAUAAACAAGAGGGACUGCCAACCUGCAAUGCCCGUGCAAAGAAUCACAGGAACUCACUUUUUAUCGUAUGUUCUCUGUGAUGACCAUUAGUUUGUUGUCACUUGUUUUAAGUCUGCAUUUUAUUUCAAGGACAGAUAGAUCUAAAUCCACUGUCAUGAUGACAGUAUCAUGAUGUCACUACGCGCAGAUACAUUUUUUUUGUCUUUUAACAUUUGCAAACUACAUUAGUAUUUGAAUCCACUUAAUAACAGUGUGUUUUUUAUUGUGGGAAUGUAAACAUGUGAUUUUAGCUAAUUUAUUAAUGGUUUUGAUCUGUCUUUAGGUUUUCAUAUAUUUUCAUACAUGGCAGAAUUUCUGAGAAUUAAUUUGCUAUGGUGAGUGACACUGCUAGUUAAAUUUGGAUUUAUUGCUGUACAUUUGCACUUACUAGUAUGCAUUAUAGUGUUAUUAUUUCAUCACAACAAAACUAACAGGACACAUUUUUGUCUAGUUUCAUUAUUUGUACAUAACAGUAUUUUUAUAUAAGGAAACAUGUGAGCAACUGCUUAUCUCACAGAUGCAUUUUUCAAUGAUGUAAAAUGACACUUCAGAACAAACUACACAAAAUGAGAACCAUGAUUUUCAUAAUGGCCAGGUGAAGACCUUUUAUGCUUCUUUUUAUAUGUUUUUGUUUAAUCAUGUGAUCUGUAUUUUUCAACUAAUUGACACCCUGUGAUCUGUAUUUACUGUAAAGGUGAUGUGUGUCGACUUUUCGAUGUUAAAAUAUUUUCUCCUAUUUCAGCUUAAUAUGCAGAUAAGAUUGAUUCCCUCAAAAGUGUUAUUGUGCUGCUAUCAAAACUUUGCUCUGUUUGUUUGAGCAUCCCAACAAGCCAGAUAAAGAAACAUUGGCUCAACCAAUGGCCGGUAUUUGGAGUGGUAUUUUCUGUUUGUUUGACCAAUGGCCGAUAAAGGUUUUUAAUAAACUUUUUAAUGUUUUUGAAAUUCUGUUGCUAGUGGUGCAGAAAUAACACACACCACCUUUGUUAACAUUCAAGGACAAGUUCGGUAUUUUACACUUGAAGCCCUGUUUUCAGAUUGUUUAUGAUGAAAUAAAACGGUUUUGACUGAAAUUUGGACAUAUGAUGCUGGCCCGAGAAUUUUCGGUUUCUGUUGUAUUACACCACCACCUCUACAAUGGAUGUAUAGGUGCACUGGAACAAUCCUUUUUAAAAUGCAUUAAACUUUCGUUUACAAAGACGUGAAACUCACCGAGUGGUCAGGGGUGUUCACUGAUAUGCUCACACAAAAAUCGCUGCAAAAGAUGCUUUCCAACAGGUGUUUUAGCAUUCGUUGUAAACUUGUGGACCUAUUUUUCCAAACGCCUCACACCCGUAUAUUCUUUCGUUGAGAGCUUGAAUAAUAGACACUCCAGCCCAGUUGGUGGCGAUAAUCUGCCUUUGCCAAUUGCAAGAAUACAAACAAAGUUCCCGGCGGCGGAGUAAUACCGUACCUCACAGCACAUCUAAUACAAGUCAAUGGAGUUGGACAAAAACUACGAUAAAACCAUCUUUUGCAGCGAUUUUUGUGUGAGCAUAUCAGUGAACACCCCUGACCACUCGAUGAGUUUCACGUCUUUGUAAA